CACUGCUAUAUCAGUUUAUCCGUGUAAAAUACCCGUAUAUUCAUUCCAAUGAUUCCUAUUGUGAGUUCACCACAACACGGGAUUGACCUUUCUAUUAAUACGUUUGCACGUUGCCUGUAGUUAUUGUGUUGUUUUGUGUUGUAGAACAUCCGUUUAAACUUAAAAACCUCGUUUUUCAUCGAUGUUAGCGUGAGCUCAGAACUUAUCUUUUCUGAUGACCAUGUGGAUGGGUUUUGUUAUCAUAUCAGUUUUCUGUUUCUAGUUUGUUAUGAAGUUUUUACCUCGAUGUAUAAGUUUGUGAUAAUGUGAUUUUAUGAUUUAGUUUAAUGUUAAUGUAUUUCUCAUAAUCUAUAAACAAUGGAUGUAAUUUCUCCUGACUCAUCACCUGAAGGUCAACAAGUUCAAACUUCAAUAAAUUAUUCACGUGCAUAUAGCGUACGAGAUGAAGAAACACCACUGAUAAACAGAUACCUAUAUUACGAAAACAGAUAUUAUGACAGGCUGGCGAUGGCAUUUCUCGCCAUUUUACUUAUAACAGGAGUUGUCAUUGGCACAUACUUAUUGCUUUUUGAAGAAAAUGCCGAUAACAACUAUGAAUUAAUACAAAAAUUCGAAUGGACUGGAGUUCAACCGAAAAUUGAAGUACAAAAAUUAAGACUGCCCGUUACAAAUAUUUCCCUAAUAGAAGUAAAUUCUAAAAAAUGCGCGAAGCAAGAUUUAUCAAUAACCGAGUGUUUGCAGUACUUGCAACAGAAGCACAUUUCCAAAUGGAAAAAACCAGAUAUUUUAUACAAUUUUAUUAUCGAUGGAAAUGGGACUUUGUACGAAGGAAGAGGUUGGAAGAAUUCUACUAAUAAUGAGAAAGUUGACAGAAAGCGGCUUACAAUUGCUACGUUAUUAGGUUCCAUUAAGACUGAUACCCAAGCUGUCAAAACUGCCUUACAUAAUUUUUUGGGAGACGCUGUUAUGAAGAAGAAAUUAGUGCCCUGUUUUAAUAUAUUUUCGAAGAAUGGUACCAUCACCCAAGACGUUGUUUCAUUUAUAGAGAGACAAAGACAUUUUUGUUGAUAUUUUUGUACAAAUAAAGUAAAAAUUAUACGUUUAUGUGAUAUAAUAUAUUUAACUAUGACUGUCUUGAAAACAUUAGUUUUGUACAUUUGUUUUUAAUGGG